UCCGGCUCGGCGUUCGGGAUUAACCCUUUGGAGGCGAGCUCGCCGCGCGUGGGAAAGUAGCCGGCGGUGAACGUGCCACGUUGCUAGGGAGGGAGAGUCAUGAACUUGCCGGAGGCCGCCGUCCUGAAGCCAUCAGCUUUUUUAUCCUUAACUCGAUGAGGUCCGGGGCCCUUCCUCUGUGUCGGUGGGAGUUUCUUUCCCGCUCCGGCGACAUGAGGCUCUUCUUGUGGAGCUCGGUCCUGACGCUGCUGGUCCCUGCGCUGAGCGGGGCGCUGAUCCCCGAGCCAGAGGUGAAGAUCGAGGUGCUGCAGAAGCCGUUCAUCUGCCACCGCCAGACCAAAGGCGGGGACCUGAUGCUGGUCCACUACGAAGGCUACUUAGAGAAGGAUGGCUCCUUGUUUCACUCCACCCACAAACAUAACAAUGGCCAGCCCAUCUGGUUUACCCUGGGCAUCCUGGAGGCUCUCAAAGGCUGGGACCAGGGCUUGAAGGGCAUGUGUGUGGGAGAGAAGAGAAAGCUCGUCAUUCCCCCUGCCCUGGGCUAUGGGAAAGAAGGAAAAGGUAAAAUACCCCCAGAGAGCACACUGAUAUUUAACAUCGACCUCCUGGAGAUUCGAAAUGGACCAAGAUCCCAUGAAUCAUUCCAAGAAAUGGAUCUUAAUGAUGACUGGAAACUCUCUAAAGAUGAGGUUAAAGUGUAUUUGAAGAAGGAGUUUGAAAAGCAUGGUGCAGUGGUGAAUGAAAGUCAUCACGAUGUUUUGGUGGAGGAUAUUUUUGAUAAAGAAGAUGAAGACAAGGAUGGAUUUAUAUCUGCCAGAGAAUUUACAUAUAAACAUGACGAGUUAUAGAGAUACAUCUGCCUUUUUUAUACAGCAGCCAUCUUUAAAGAGCCGGAAACCGUCUUUUAAAGAAAGUCUUGUUUUUUAACAGUAUUUUAUUCUGUUCUUGCUUUGAUUUUUUUAAAUAUUUUUUCCCCCUGAAUAUUAUUUAAAGACCUUUAGGGUUUCUAAGUGCCCAUUUCUUUCUGGCGAAUUAAUGGGAAGAAAAAAUGUUUUUAUCUUUGAAUAAGGAGAAGUCUGGACCGUUUUCUACUUUCACCUAUGAAGUCUUAUUUGUAACUUUAAAAUAUUACAACGGGGACCUUGUCCAACGUAAGAGCGAGUAUAUCACAAAUCAGCACCCUCUGUCUCUGCUUCCCCCCGUUUUCGCUAAGUUAGAUACCGACAUUUGCAGCGCUUUUUGCAAUAAGCCAAAGCUUACUGUUUUCAUGUUAUAAUGAAAGUGUUAUUGGCCUUUGAUUCUCUGCUUGAAGCUACAGGAAGAUGGUUGUUGAACUUUAUUUGUUAACAGUCACUGCUUUACUGAGGAGAUGUGCAAUGCUGAAGUGUUUGAUAAAGUUAAUGACUUAUAAGUGUGUAUACUUUGAACAUUCUGCCCAGGACUGAAGUUAUAGUAUGUGGCUUGGUUCCUGAUUGCUACUGACUUACCAUGAUAAACAGAACCAAUUAUUUAUGUUUGUUUCUUCCUAAUAAAAUGUGUCAAAAUAUUGUAGAUUAGGUAGAAAGUUGUAUUUAGUCCGUGUUUACUUUUUAUAGCUAACCAAUUAUCCUUCCUGGUUUUUAAAUUAAUAAUCUAUAACUAGUGUAUUAUACUAAAGUAACAUAUCAUGAUUAGUUAACCAAUCAAAAUUUUCCCAUUUCUGCCCCAUUCAGUAGCUGCUAUUGAAUAAGGUCAAAAGUUUGAUAAUUUUAUUAUGUUUUCUUCAAUUGGCUUUUAUCCUCAAUAGUUUAAAAAGUAUCCAAUUCCCCAUUUACUAAGAAUAGUCUUUAGCCCUGGCCCCUGUGGCUCAGUUGGUUGGAUGUCAUCCUAUGUACCAAGAGGUCACUGGUUUGAUUCCCCAUCAGGGUACAUGCUUGAGUUGUGGGCUUGAUCUUCAGUAGGGGGCAUGAAGGAGGCAGCCCAUUGAUAUUUCUCAUUGAUCAAUGUCUCACUCUCUUCCUUCCUAUCUCUUUAAAAAAAAAAAAAAGUAUCAUCAUUUACAAAGUGAUCUCAAAUGUAUCACUAACUUUAACUCUCAUUGCUCUGAAGUCCAUGAAAAAAGCUGGUGGACUUUACCUAUUUUAUAGGUGAGGAAAUUGUCAUUCAACGAGAUUGUUGUGACUGCAGGCAACAGCUAACUUACUGAGCCAGAUUUCAGUCCUCAAGUUCAUUAUCUUCUUACUGCCCUGUACCUAUAUUGAAAAGAAAAAAUUUCUUUGCUUUUACUGGGUCUAAUUUUCUCUUCAGUUUGCUUUCCUAAUUUUCUCUUCAAUGUGGGUCCUUAUCCUUUGAAGAUACUUUACUGGCUAUGUUUGGUGCCACAGAAUUCUCCCCAUGCUCCAGAAACGGCUCUGGUUUCUUUGAAAAAUCUUGGGGUCAGCAAUGAAUUGCCUCAAAAACCAUGUGUGGUGUGAGGUUCCCCAUGUGUAUCUUAGUCCUUUCAUUCCUGUUGAGCUCUAGAUUUUUUUUUUCUUUAAAGAAUUAUGAACAACUAUUACAUCAGAUAUAGACGACUUUCACUGAUUCUGUUUGACGUUUUCCUCACUAACACCUUUUUCUGGCGAAAUCAGCUAUGGCUAGAAAACUUUUUAAGUUCACUGCUCUUUUCCUCAACCUACAGGAGUUCAAAGUCACCUUACAGAAAGCCUUAUGACGCUACUUUGUAGGAACAUUACUGACGCUGUCUACUGCAGAGCAAGAGAAGUAAAAAGAAUUCUGAGUAUUCAGGCAGUAUAUUCCUUCAUCUCAUGUGGAUUUGUAUCAAUUCCCAUCUAAUAAACAUCUAGACUCAAGUAAGAAAUGAAAACAUGUCACUAGGUUAGGUUGUCUUUAAGUUAACUGCCUUCUUUGGUUUAUUUACUUCUUUGCACCUUUCCAUUUGUGGGAAUAAUCAGACACCAACUGUGACUUCACAUGUGUAUCAUUGGUCUCAUUAAUCCUGCUAGCUGUGUCCUAUUUAAAUUUGUAGGACUGUGUUAUGGUAUUUUUUU